CAGCAGUCUGCAGCUGCCUUCAUUUUUCAGUGUUUUAUAACUAAAAGAACGUGUUUCUCCAGUUUACAAAAAAGUAUUUUCUAACGCGAAAGCUUAAUUAAUUGCCGGAACUAUCCGUCUCCGCUUCUGACCGGGCUUGAAGCUAGCAGGCAUCCAGUGUCUGAAAACGUCUCUCUGCUCUGCCGUGUUCUGCAAUGAUCCGCAGGAGCUACGAACUGCAGCAACAAAGCCAGAAUCUGUGCGUGAAACAAUGAACAACGGAACAGCGGCUGUGAAAGACUCUCCCGGUGGGGGCACACCGAACCGGAUGACAUCCGGUCGCCAGCAAGCUCUCUAUUACGUGUUUGUUUACAUAUUCUGUCUGCAGGUCGUUACGACCAACCAGCGCACGUCCACGCUGUGGAAGCUCAACUCGGAGCAGGGGAAGAUCGUUAGCGUUCCGACCGUCGGCGGAAGGGAUGAUUCCCUUGGAGCUUAUGGAAUGGAAGAAUUGACCGAGCGCAGUCAGAUGCCGUACUCGGAUGAUGACGACGAGGAGUCAACGUUUGCGAUCAUUACUGCUGCUGCAGCCAAUUUUCGGCACAACACCUGGAACAGGGGUGAAGGCACAACGGAAGAAUUGCUGCGACGGCUGGAGGAAAAUCCUACGUUGAGCCCUCUUGCAUCACCGUACAGUAAGCCGAAUAAAAAUGCUAGCAAUGGUGGUGGCUUUCGGGAGUCUGCGGAAAGUCUGUCGGUCCGUCAGGCGGAAGCAGCAAAAGUUACGCCAGCAGCCGACUUGCUGACCUGCGGCAAGCCUGUAAACUUUACCCACUACGACGAUCUGGUCGGUGUAGCGCAACGCUACGAGCACAAUCCCUCGCCGGAACCGGAUGUGGCGUAUCUGUUCCUGAAGCGCAAGACCGGCCAGUCGCUGGAGCAUUUCAACAUUGACGCGCUGGAGCGACGACUUCGGCGAGCCAAAAAGGAACAACCGCACACGAUUCAUCUGUGGAAUCAGAUCGGCAACUUUUGGCGCAUCAAGGGAAACGCCGGUCAUGCGAUCGAGUGCUUCCGGCGGGCGCUAUCCGUUGCGCCCACCAACGCGGACACCCUGCUUCACCUGGCUCGGGUGCUGUUCAAUUUGCAGUAUCUGGACGAUGCCAUCAGUCUUACGAAGCGAUCACUGGAGGUUCAUCCGCCGGAACGCAGCGCCUGGCGGCAGUAUUUCACGUUGGGUGAAAUUUUUAAAGCUUACGGACAGCUGUCGGAUUCGCUACUGCACCUGAAGCAGGCGCUGGCGCUGCAUCCACACUACGAGCCGAUAAGGCGGCUGAUUGCCGAAGCGGAGAAGAUUGAGUUCGCGUCCAAUACGACGCGGAUGCAGUUCUACACCGGGCUGAUCAUUGUGGUGCUGUCACUGAUUGUUCUGACGAUGGUAUGCUUUAUGCUCAAAACCAGAAGCUCUAGUCACGGCCAUAGUAGUAACAGUUCGGCCAUUAGCAUUACGAAUCUCAUUGGAGGUGGAACCACGGUCGUUUGCGAUAGCUACAGUGAAGACACCCCGGGGGAUGAUACCAACAACCUGAAUGGUAGCAACCACAACAACAACAACAAUGACGGCACGGGAGGACGCCUGAUGGGACCGCUUAUCAAUGGGCUUUCGUUGGCUGGCUUUCGGCCAGCCAAACACUUCAACCGCGCACAGGCAAUGCGUUCGCUGCGAAGUGUUGCUUUCCGCUCGUUCCGACCGUUCCGGUACCGUAAAUAAGCCGCCAGGUAAGGUCCUCUCUGCCAGGUACAACAUACGCAACACACACACAUAAUAUCCUAUACAGCACGCGAGGGUUGUGUCCCCGGCGAUCUACUAGAAACGUACACCGAAAAAGAUACAAUUUAGCAAUUAGAACUUUAAAGAAGUCGCAGCUUAAAGCUAUAAUACUAUUAUUUAUUGCCUCUACCUUAAAGAUUUGUACCAGUACAAGAAUCUGUAACAUUAGCAUUUUGCGUGCCGAGGGGCGACGACGACGUCGGACCUCGUCCGACGGGAGUACCGCUCCUUUGAUAGUAUAUCUAAUUUAAGCCAGAGCUAAGAAGCGCAACAGUACUUUAAUGACGAGCAGCCAGGAUCGCGGCCGAUCCUGGCAUUACGACGAGAUUCAGCUACCUAUAAUGAGUGUAUAUUACAACUUUUGCUUACAGGAUAGUUGGACACUUUUAUGUAAGCUUUCCUUUCCUUGCUUUGGCGAUUUUUUUUAUGCAAACCAAACAAAAAGCAAACUGAACUCUUUUCCUUUGUGAAUUGAAUGUGAUAGAUUAUAUUUUAUAUUUUUUUUUUGCAGUCCUUUUUAAACGAUUUGUUUUAAAAAUCUCAAACCCUGUUAGAUUUAGAAAAACUGCGAGAGCAAAUUAAAAGGAAAAAAGAAAAACCAGUGCUUAGCGAAACAGUGACA